UCCCCAAGGUAUUCGCUGAUGUGUGGAAUUGGAUAAAACAGUUUCAUGACUUUUUGGUUUUCUCAAUAAGAGGAAAAUCUUUAAUUUAUUGCCCGAAGGAAAUGGUAAACAAGUGAUGAGAUGCUACAAAGCUGACAUAUUUCCACCUUCCUGAUUAAUUAGGGUUUCGCGCGAUCAGAUAAGAAUGUUGGGUUACAAAUGUCUCCACUGGAACAAUCUUAUAGAUUUACCGCCAUUAAAGGACCCUGAAACCUUCUCUCUUCCUUCUUCCAUUCCCCAUUGGCCUCCAGGUCAAGGCUUUGGCUCUGGAACAAUCAAUCUCGGCAAAUUACAAGUCAUCAAAAUCACGGAUUUUGAAUUUAUAUGGAGAUACAGAUCCACAGAGAAGAAGAAGAACAUUUCAUUUUACAAACCAAAGGGAUUGUUACCUAAAGACUUCCAUUGCUUAGGUCACUACUGUCAGUCUGAUUCUCAUCCUUUGAGAGGUUAUGUACUUGCGGCAAGAGAUUUAGUGGAUUCAUUAGAACAGGUAGAGAAACCUGCAUUAGUGGAACCUGUUGAUUUUACUCUUGUCUGGAGCUCAAAUGAUUCAGCAGAAAAUGAAUGUAGUAGUAAGAGCGAAUGCGGUUACUUCUGGUUACCGCAGCCUCCUGAAGGGUAUAGAUCGAUCGGUUUUGUGGUUACAAAGACUUCCGUGAAACCUGAGUUGAAUGAAGUUAGAUGUGUUAGAGCUGAUCUUACUGAUAUAUGUGAACCCCACAAUGUCAUUGUCACUGCUGUUUCAGAAUCUUUAGGUGUUCCUUUGUUUAUAUGGAGAACUCGGCCUUCAGACCGAGGAAUGUGGGGCAAAGGUGUCUCUGCAGGUACUUUCUUCUGCAGAACUCGGCUUGUUGCUGCUAGAGAAGAUCUUGGUAUCGGUAUUGCUUGUCUAAAGAAUCUAGAUUUGAGUUUACAUGCGAUGCCAAAUGUUGAUCAGAUUCAAGCUUUGAUUCAACACUAUGGUCCUACACUAGUCUUCCAUCCUGGUGAAACUUACUUACCUUCUUCUGUUUCGUGGUUCUUCAAAAAUGGUGCAGUUCUCUGCGAAAAGGGAAAUCCAAUCGAGGAACCUAUCGAUGAAAAUGGUUCGAAUUUGCCUCAAGGAGGAAGCAAUGACAAGCAGUUUUGGAUUGAUUUGCCGUGUGAUGAUCAACAAAGAGAUUUCGUCAAGCGAGGAAACCUUGAAAGCUCGAAACUUUACAUUCAUAUUAAGCCUGCUCUUGGAGGAACGUUCACGGAUCUUGUCUUCUGGAUCUUCUGUCCAUUUAACGGACCAGCAACCUUAAAACUAGGACUCGUCGAUAUCUCAUUGAUCAGUAUUGGCCAACACGUCUGCGAUUGGGAACAUUUCACUCUCCGAAUCAGCAAUUUCUCUGGUGAGCUUUACUCAAUCUACUUGUCUCAACACAGUGGCGGCGAGUGGAUCGAAGCAUACGACCUUGAAAUCAUUCCCGGAAGCAACAAAGCCGUUGUUUACUCUUCAAAACAUGGUCACGCAAGCUUUCCUAGGGCUGGGACUUACUUACAGGGAUCGACAAUGCUUGGGAUUGGGAUAAGAAAUGACACUGCGCGUAGUGAACUCUUGGUAGAUUCGAGCUCACGGUACGAGAUCAUUGCAGCGGAGUAUCUCAGCGGAAACAGUGUGUUGGCAGAACCGCCGUGGUUGCAGUACAUGAGAGAAUGGGGACCAAAGGUUGUGUACGAUUCAAGAGAGGAGAUAGAGAGAUUGGUGAAUCGAUUUCCGAGGACGGUUAGGGUUUCGCUUGCCACAGUGCUUAGAAAACUUCCGGUGGAAUUAUCCGGCGAGGAAGGUCCUACAGGACCAAAGGAGAAGAACAAUUGGUAUGGCGAUGAAAGAUGUUGAAAUUCUCACUGUUGGGAAACAGAUGUGGUGAGAUUACCAUCGGAGCCCUAACUGUGUAACUUGUAAAGGAAGAUGAAGCUUUGAUUGCGCAAGAGAUUAAUUACACAAUUAGCGUAGGAUUAACGUAAAACUUGUCGUUAGAAGUGUAUACAAGUGGGUCCCAUCAUGUAUUUAAUUAAAAUAAUAAAGUUAUAUAGACGAACAAAC